AUGUUAACGGACACGAAGCGCGGGAGUGCCCACGCCCAACUCUUUGUUGUAUUUGCAAGCAAAAAAGACACUGGUGUUAAUUUCCAAUACUCAUGGGUCUCCCCAGCGGUCCAUGGCACCGCAACGGAUGAAUUGGAAGACGUACACGUCGACACGUCUGAUAACCAACAAUCAUUUGAUGAAAAUCUUCCACUUGCUUCCGCUCUUCCGCCCAGGAAAUCCAGUAACGAAAAUCUUACGCUCGAAUAUCUUUCAUCCACCCACGAAAAUCUUACCCCCGAGAAUCUUCCAUCCAUCGACGACAAUCUUACGCCCGAAAAUCUUCCAUCCACCGACGAAAAUCUUACGCCCGAAAAUCUACCAUCCACCGACGGCCCUCCACCUACUGACGAAAACCUUGCGUUCGACCAACUUACCGAUCCUUUGUCUGCCUCUUCUGAAUUGUCGCCAACACCACCUAUUUCGUCUGAUUCGCCGAUCCUUGACCCUCAAGGCCUUAUUACCUCAACUAAACCCGCUGAACCGCCAUCUCGCCGUACAGCUGCCAGUCUCGCCGAAUCAUCUCUCGCCUUUUCUAGAAAACCAACUACACCUACCCUUGUCACCGGAAAACCUCGCUCUUCGAUACCUGUUCCAACCUCAACACCCACCUCUUCUCUACACACCCAUGAAAACGACAGGGAAACUAUACACGACCUGAAACAAAAAUCCUUCGACCUCUCUCCGUCUCGCAAAGAGACCUCUACCCCAGAAAAGAAAAAAGGAAAAAACAGAAACUCGGAAAAACAAAGUAAGUCCUGUAAUGUUUCUUCUGAAGCGAGUCUUUCUUCCUAA